AUGAGGCGGGGCGUGAACCAAGGGCGACUCAUCUUGUUCGCGCCCUUCCUGCUGGGCUCCCUCAAGGCCGUGAGCUGGGUGAAGCGGGUGCUGUUCAACGAGGAGCCCUUCAAGCUGGCCAUGGGCACUCUCAACGAUAUCGCCAAGGACAUGGAGGGCAGCUGUGAGUGCGCCGUGCGCGACGAGAGCGCUGGUGGCUGCAAGCGUGGCUCCCUGGAGGUGGGGCCGUGCAUCUUCCACGAGGUCCUGGCGGCGGAGGGCCAGACCCACCUGCUGCGCCACCUGUGCUGCCAGCACAACGCGACCUGGCUGGACGCGUACUCGGGCCACGGGGUGACGGCGGAGCUGUCGCAGUGCAAGACGCGUGGCGACUCGCUCUGCCGCAUCGACAUCAGUGCGGGUACAGGUGGCGGCAAGACUUGA